ACGUGACUAACCCGGAACUAACUGUAAAAAUAAAUACAAACAUUAUCCUCACCUAUGAUUGCAAUAAUAACAGGCUGAGUUUUGUCGCAUGUACAGUGUAUAUUGCUUUAGAGGUUUUGUAAUGUGAUGGCUAGGAAGACUAGAAAAGAGGAAUACUACCGUUUCUUCAGCGUUACUGAGCCUCGCAUACACGAGAAGGGACACACGGAAUAUAAAGUAACAGCAAGGUUUGUAUCAAAGAAAAGACCAGAGGAUGUGAAAGAAGUUGUUGUAUGGAGAAGAUACACUGAGCUGAAGAAACUGCACGGAGAGUUGGCUUACACUCAUAGAAACCUCUUCCGCAGACAGGAAGAGUUUCCUCCUUUUCCCAGAGCACAGCUCUUUGGUCGGUUUGAUGAAGCUGUGAUUGAGGAGAGAAGGAAGGCAGCUGAAGCCAUGCUGCUGUUUACUACAAACAUUCCUGCAUUGUACAACAGUCCUCAACUUAAAGAAUUUUUCAGGGGGGGAGAGGUGAGAAGACCAUUAGACCCAUGCAUCUCUUCUCCUACAUCUCUACCACCCCCUCUCAUUCCUUUGCCUAAGGGGGACGAUGCCCUAGGAGCUGAAGAGGAAACAGGGACGGAGGCUCCGAUCCUGACCCAGGAACUGGAGUCUACCCUGGGUGAAAAGGAGCUUGGUGAGCCUGAGAUGGCAGUUGAGGCUCUCAGUAACAUGGAGAUAAGCCCAGUAGAAGAAAGACAUGAAGAAAAAGAGGAAGCAGAAGUCAAUUUUGGUGCAGACCAGCCAACCUCAGUUGCCAGCCCUGAGCUUCCUGGAUCUCCAGUUGAUCAGUCCGAGGAGUUUGAUUCCCUCUUUGACUGUGCAUCGGAGGAACCUGUCGAUGGUGCACAACCCCUUCUCUCAGACAACGACCUAGCCAUCUUUGACCCGUGUGCAAAAGAAGACCAGGGCUAUGGAUCUCCUGGUCUCUCUGAGCUGCUGUCCAUUAAACUGCCCUCUCAGGAUAAUGUGGUGUGUGGUGAGGAGCCAGACUUUGUUGUCCAAUCAACCAGUGAGAUGACUGCAGCCCAGGAGAGCGAGAAAGAGGGAGACUACAGCACGGCAAUAACGCGAUACAGAACAGCAGUGGAAAUCCUCAUGAAAGGAGUGCAAGGAGAUGUGGACCCUCAGCAAAGGGAUGCAGUGAAGAGGAGGGUAGCCGAGUGCCUCGAGCAUGCAGAGCGACUGCUCUCUUUACAGACUCCUACUCAACAGCACAACACGUAGCACUCAAACUCUCUCACACACACAGAAUUACAUACCUCUGCCACACUCACAUGCUUCACAAUAACUUAUGCGCUACAAUUAAACAGACCACGACUACAUUUUCACUUCUGCAUCUCCUCAUUAGCUUCACUUACCUGCAGUCCCAAAAGAUCUAUGCAUACAAUGAGCACAACUGUCUCAACACUAUACUUAUUUCCCCAUACUAUUUUCAACAUGGUAUUAAAACAAAUCAGACACUGGACUUCUCUAUGUGUAUAAGUCUAUAGUAUAUUUAUAAUCUAGUACUUUAUUUUACUGUAAUUAUAUUUAAAUUAAUUAGUGUUAAUAUUUGUAAUGUCUAAUUCUUUUCCCUUUUGGCAAACAUCUGACUGAGUGUAAUUGUUUUAAACUACCACCAGGUGUCCUCACUAUGCUUCAUGUUCAAACUGAUAUGGAUUUAUUUCCUAACUUGAAAGUUGAACAUAUUUGCCGGUAUUUUAUUGACUACACACCUGGCAUUUGAUCGGAUUAUGUUUGAUGCCCAGCAUAUUUUUCUUUUGCAUUUUGGAUUUAAUUAAGACUAAUGCAACUAGCAAAAAAAAUGAAACUGUUGGCCAACAGUUAGCAUCAAUCAAAAGGCUAAAUGCCACUCUUGUUAAGAGCUGAGAGAUGAUGGGAUGUCUCACAUAUAAUGGCAUAAUAAUUGUUUUUAAUAUGAAUAAACAAAACAUUUUAAAACCCCA